CCGCCCCUUGCACGCCGAGCGCGGAACGGUCAUGGACGGUACGGGUCAAUCCGGGCCUCGGGUCGGGAAAGCGAGGCGAGGGGCAGCGCUCGUCACGCGUGAGGAAACGCCUAUCCUCCGCCCUUCCGACCUGGACUUCACUGCACUGACUGGAGGGGAAGAGAACGUGGUCGGCCACCGACUGGCAACACGCCCGGCACGCCUCUUUCGGCGGACGGGCAGGCGAUACCGGAAGUGGGUGGGGUCACCUGAAACGCUUCCGGCGACUAGCGGUGUCUGAGCUGCAGGUGAGCGGCCGGUUCCCGUCCGCGUCCCGCCGACGGGCGACUGGACGCCCUCGCGGCCGUCCGGUGCAGCCUUGCGAGAGCUCAAACAUGAACUAUAUGCCCGGCACCGCCAGCCUCAUCGAGGACAUCGACAAAAAGCACUUGGUCCUACUUCGAGAUGGAAGAACACUUAUAGGUUUUUUAAGAAGCAUUGAUCAAUUUGCUAACUUAGUGCUCCAUCAGACUGUGGAGCGAAUUCAUGUGGGCAAAAAGUACGGUGAUAUUCCUCGAGGGAUUUUCGUGGUCAGAGGAGAGAAUGUGGUCCUACUAGGAGAAAUAGCACCAGUCAGGACCAGCAAGGACACCAGGAGUUCUCUGCCAUGCCUCUCUCAACGAAGUGGAGAUCAGCGAUGACAAAGACUCAAGACCGAGGAAGUGCUGCCAAGGUAGCUAUGCAAGCUCCCAGUCACUGUCUGCUGAGUCCUGUUUAUACUCCUCCCACGGGUCUUCCCUCAGUGAAACACUAAACAAGUCUGGAUCAGCUGACAUCACUCUGCCAAUGGCGAGAAACUGCCAGAACACCACCGCAAGUUUUUUAGUCAGUUUUUCCUAUGAAUUCAAGACAAAUGAUGACCAUUAAGGAAUGGCAAGACGUCCCAAUACCGUCCAUCGUCGUCCCCCAUCUGUUAGGUUAUAUUUACCUUCCUUCUUAACAUCAUGUGUCCUUUCACAUGUCUGCUUUAACAAAACAUCCUUUCAUCUGUGUCUGCUUCAGUGAAACACUCCUUCACAUGUCUGUCCCGGCAAAACACCAUUUGACAUAACUCACUCUCCAAAGAAACUAGAAGUUUCCACUUCAGAGGUUCAGUGCAUUGUCAUCAAGGCAGGAGCGUGGUAGCAUCUAAGCAGGCAUGGUGCAGGAAGAGCUGAGAGUUCUACGUCUUGUUCCAAAGGCGGACAGGAGAAGACCAGCUGGGAUGAGGGUCCUAAAGCCCAUGCUCACAGUGACACACCUCCAAAUAGUGCCACUCUCUGGGCCAGGCAUACUCAAUCCACUGCCGAGGCUAUGAUAUGCUACAUAGUGAGUUUGAGGCCAGCCUGAGCUCCAAUAUAAUCUGUGUUUCAAAAGAAAAAAAAAAAAAAAAAAAAACAAGAAUAACAUAGUCAUGUAGUGUUUAACCUCAAAUGCAGAAAGUUACAGAAUUUAAAUUACCUGUCCUGACAUAUAAAGGUACAGUUUAGGGGCUGCUGAGAUGGCUUAGUGGGUAAGAGCACACUGACUGUUCUUCCGAAGGUCCUGAGUUCAAAUCCCAGCAUGGUAAUGAGAUCUGACGCCCUCUUCUGGUGUGUCUGAAGACAACAACAGAAGACAACAACAGUGUACUUAUUUAUAAUAAUAAAUAAAUCUCUUUUUUUAAAAAAAAGGUACAGUUUAGAGCUGGAGUCUAUCACAGUAGUAAAGUCCUUAAUGCAACCGAAAACAACAGAUUUACAUGUUGAAAUAUGUUAAUUUAAAUAACUGGUUAGGAACUUGGAGCGAUGGCUCAGGAGUUAGGAGCACAUACUGUUCUCACUGAGGACCUGAGUUUGGUUCCCAUCUCACAACUGCCUAUAACUCAGUCUCCAGGGGAUCCCAGGGCACCUGUGUCAAAUGCAUAUACCACCCCCACAUGUACAUAAUUUAAAAAGUAAAAUUAAAUUGUACGUUACAAGUAGGUCUUCAUGGCAUGGAGUUAAUUGGCAGCAUUUGAGGAAAGUGUUGUAUGUGUUUUUAAAGGGGAAAAAACAGAAACAGGUUAGAAAAAGCCAUUCUGAGAUUUCAGAGUGGAGCUUAUGACCAGAGAGAAGGGACAUGAAUAUUUGUGCCAGAAAGACCAGAUAUUAAAUGAAAUGUUAAUCACAUUUGUUGAAAUACUGCUUGCUAUGUAUUUGUAUGCAUACAUAAUAGAAGUUGAUUAUAUGUAUACAUACAUGUGUGUUACAUAGAUAACUUUUUAUUCAUAUUUUCUUAAGUAUAUUUAAACCUUGAAUCCUAUUGGGUUUGCUAGGAAAAUCAAAAUACCCGUGAGACUGGCUGAAAUUAAUGGGCAGGAGGAGUUGGUUUGCUCAGUAGCAGUAUACUUGGGUGUCACGUCUGGAACCCUGAAUUUAAUCCUCAGCACCACAAAA